UUUUUGCCGUGGGGCGCAUGCGUACAGAAAGGGAUGGAGUCGGAACCUGAGCGGAAGCGGGCUCGUGCGGACGAGGCGACUGCCGCAGGGAGCCGCUCCGAGGCGGAGGAUGAGGACGACGACGACUAUGUGCCCUAUGUGCCUUUGCGACAGCGCCGGCAGCUGCUGCUCCAGAAGCUGCUGCAGCGAAGACGCAAGGGAGCUGCCGAGGAGGAGCAGCAGGACAGUGGCAGUGACUACAGGGGAGAUGAAGAUGACAUCCCGCUGGGCCCUCAGUCCAACGUCAGCCUCCUGGAUCAGCACCAGCACCUCAAAGAGAAGGCCGAAGCCCGCAAGGAGUCUGCCAAGGAAAAGCAGCUGAAGGAAGAGGAGAAGAUCCUGGAGAGUGUGGCUGAGGGCCGAGCCCUGAUGUCAGUGAAGGAGAUGGCUAAGGGCAUCACAUACGAUGAUCCGAUCAAAACCAGUUGGACGCCUCCACGGUAUGUCCUGAGCAUGUCCGAGGAGCGGCACGAGCGAGUGCGGAGGAAGUACCACAUCCUGGUGGAAGGAGACGGUAUCCCACCGCCCAUCAAGAGCUUCAAGGAAAUGAAAUUUCCCGCAGCCAUCCUGAGAGGCCUGAAGAAGAAGGGAAUCCACCACCCAACACCUAUUCAGAUCCAGGGCAUCCCCACCAUUCUGUCCGGCCGCGACAUGAUAGGCAUCGCCUUCACGGGCUCGGGCAAGACGCUAGUGUUCACUUUGCCCGUCAUCAUGUUCUGCCUGGAACAAGAGAAGAGGUUACCUUUCUCCAAGCGUGAAGGGCCCUAUGGACUCAUCAUCUGCCCCUCGCGAGAGCUGGCCCGGCAGACCCACGGCAUCCUGGAAUACUACUGCCGCCUGCUGCAAGAGGACAGCUCACCGCUCCUGCGCUGUGCACUGUGCAUUGGGGGCAUGUCUGUCAAAGAGCAAAUGGAGACCAUCCGGCAUGGUGUGCACAUGAUGGUGGCCACCCCUGGGCGCCUCAUGGACCUCCUGCAGAAGAAGAUGGUCAGUCUAGACAUCUGCCGCUACCUGGCCCUGGACGAGGCCGACCGCAUGAUUGAUAUGGGCUUCGAGGGCGACAUCCGCACUAUCUUCUCCUACUUUAAGGGCCAGCGCCAGACCCUGCUGUUCAGCGCCACCAUGCCUAAGAAGAUACAGAACUUCGCCAAGAGUGCCCUGGUGAAGCCUGUCACGAUUAACGUGGGGCGAGCCGGGGCUGCCAGCCUGGAUGUCAUACAGGAGGUGGAAUACGUGAAGGAAGAGGCCAAGAUGGUAUACCUGCUUGAGUGCCUGCAGAAGACACCCCCACCCGUGCUCAUCUUUGCUGAGAAGAAGGCAGAUGUGGACGCCAUCCAUGAGUACCUGCUGCUCAAGGGGGUUGAAGCAGUGGCCAUCCAUGGGGGCAAAGACCAGGAGGAGCGGACCAAGGCCAUCGAGGCAUUCCGAGAGGGCAAGAAGGAUGUCCUAGUGGCCACAGACGUGGCCUCCAAGGGCCUGGACUUUCCUGCCAUCCAGCAUGUCAUCAAUUACGACAUGCCCGAGGAGAUUGAGAACUAUGUGCACAGAAUCGGGCGUACUGGACGCUCAGGAAACACAGGCAUUGCCACCACCUUCAUCAACAAGGCCUGCGACGAGUCAGUGCUGAUGGACCUCAAAGCCCUGCUCCUGGAGGCCAAGCAGAAGGUGCCACCCGUGCUGCAAGUGCUGCACUGUGGGGACGAGUCCAUGCUGGACAUCAGAGGAGAGCGCGGCUGUGCCUUCUGCGGGGGCCUGGGCCAUCGGAUCACCAACUGCCCCAAACUUGAGGCAAUGCAGACCAAGCAGGUUAGCAACAUCGGUCGCAAGGAUUACCUGGCCCACAGCUCCAUGGACUUCUAGCCCCCUGCUGUCUCUCUUCUCCCUGAGGCCUCCAUCCCUGGGUGCCAGCUGCCUGUGUACAUCAGCCUUCUGGACAAGAAGCCAGCGUCCUCGGCCCAGCUGGCCUGGGCUGGGCCAGGCUGGGCCUGGCUGCCUGCCCUCGGUACCCCUAGAAUUAAUGUCCUUGCUUCCCUCACCUCAUUAAAGCACAAGCUUCUUGAGUCUCA